AUGGAUGGCCACAGUGCCAUUGCCUGCCACCCGCUGCUCCUCGCGAGGAUUGACUCAGUCCUGCUGCAUUUCAGGAUCUCCGUCUGCGAUGAAGACAAGUUCCGCCACAACGAGUUCAUUGGGGAGACGCGGAUCCCGCUCAAGAAGCUGAAGCCCAACCAGACCAAGAACUUCAACAUCUGCCUGGAGAAGCAGCUGCCGAUAGAUAAAACAGAGGACAAGUCCUUGGAGGAGCGGGGCCGCAUCCUCAUCUCCCUCAAGUACAGCUCACAGAAGCAGGGCCUCCUGGUGGGCAUCGUCCGCUGCGCCCACCUGGCCGCCAUGGACGCCAACGGCUACUCUGAUCCCUACGUGAAAACCUACUUGAAGCCAGAUGAGGACAAGAAGUCAAAGCACAAAACAGCCGUGAAAAAGAAAACCCUGAACCCCGAAUUCAAUGAGGAGUUCUGCUAUGAGAUAAAGCACGGGGACCUGGCAAAAAAGACCUUAGAAGUCACAGUGUGGGAUUACGAUAUUGGAAAAUCAAAUGACUUCAUUGGUGGAGUUGUGUUAGGAAUUAACGCCAAAGGCGAGAGGCUGAAGCACUGGUUCGACUGCCUGAAAAACAAGGACAAGAAAAUAGAGCGCUGGCACACGCUAACGAACGAGCUGCCAGGGGCCGUCCUCAGCGACUGACCCCGAGCACAGGCCAGAGACCUCGCGGAGAAGAGCAGAGCUCUCGCAACCUGAACCAGGAACAAUUCAUGCCUUUGGACUUAGAGUUUACUUACUCUGCUAAAAGGGAUGGCGAUACCAAGCCAGCAAGGAGCGGCUUGGCAAAUCCCAUCGAUGGCCAGACUGCAGGGAAAGACCAGUGAACGAGACAACAUUGAUUUUCUCUGUUCAGUGGGUUGUCCCUAGGGUUUUCUUCAGGAUGCCUCUAAGCACCUAUGCUCUCCAACACACACACGACACACACCCACGGUGUGAGACGACACAAAGCCUGCAUGCACUAGAAUCCUGACUUGUUUCUAACUAUUUGAUAUACUGGAUUAUCUUCUUGCUGCCUUGCAAUUCAGUGGCAAAAUGAAUGCAUCACUUUGUGUGUGUAGCUAAUAUGAGCAAAAGGCAUUAUUUAUUAAACAUGGAACUAUUUUACUAAGGCGAUUUGUGCCACGUUUCUGGUUGUUUGUCACUUUCUGUGGUUUGGGCCUAACGAGUCUUUAUGCAUUUAAACCUCUCCUUCCGGGGUGCUCAUGUUCUCUGCGCUCAAGAGGCCUCUCUGCUUUUCUCUUGGAAACGGGACGCUUGUCCUGGCUGACAACCUGCACCCAGCAGGCUGAAAGGGCUGUGCAGUGAGGCUGGGCAGUGUCCACCUGGGAACGGCAGAGGCCCUUGCAGCCUCCUCAGAAAUAAUACACGGUCUUGCAUUUACUAUUUUUGAUCCUUUUAAAUUUCCAAACAUGACAGCCCGGUCUGUUCUAGCACUGACGGCUGCUCCUCUACAGACAGUUGAACUCCACACUGCGCUUCCACACAGCUGCUAUGUCAGAGAAACCAUGGCUCUUCCUUUCCUCCUGGGAGCUAAACAGCUGGGGUUGAACAAGACUGUGCUUCUCUGAAGUUUCCUGUCCAACGUUAGUAUUAGUUUGUGUAUUCCUUUUGGCAUGGAGACAGUGAAGACAGGACAGAAGCCUUGCCACCGGCUAGGUGUGUGAGGGGGGUUAGGCUUGUAGGCUGAAGAGUCCCUGGGCCCAAUCCUGUCUUUGUACAUGGCUGAGAUCAGGGAGAAUUGCGCAGUCCCAGAAGACAGAAAAUGCAGCUUGGUCUUUUCCUUUUAUUCAGUCUUUACCAGGGCAAACAGCACAUAGGGCACCCACCUGCUCCGCUCUGCAGUGCUCUUCUUUGCCUCCAUGCUGGCUUCAGUCAGCAUCAAAAGAACUAGGCCCCGGAUUCUGCACUGUAGAAAUAAAUGGGAUCUUUGUAGGAGCCAGAUCAAAUCCCCACUGCAGCAAACACCACCCUUCUGCCCCGACCAUCCAUUUAGUGUCAGGACCUCCCAUCACAGAGCUGGUCUGAGACUGCAUCCAGCAGCGGUUCUGAACCAAACCCCUCUGCUGGCCCCCGUGCCGUGCACUGACUCUGCUCUUCAUUAACUCUAGCUGGUUCUGCUUCCUGACCCCGGCACAGGUUUUCCAAGCAAGCACAAAGUCCCAGAUGAGCUCAAUGUGUCGCCCGUUGUCAGAACCCUUGGAAAUGUCCAUCCUUACAUUCGCUCUCCCCUUUCCAUUAGCUCCCAAACAUGGCCUUGUGUGCUGAACAUCCCAGUCUGCAGUUCAGGUGUUCUUUAGACUGAGUGUUAUGUUUUCCCAUUAUAAUGAGGCUAAACCUUGUUUAAUGAGGGGCAACCAUUCAAAAGGUCAUUGUAACAAUAAAUUAUGUGUAGUUCGUUAUACAGAUAUGCAUGAACUGGAUUGGCAUGCCAACAGUGUGUCGAAUUAGAUUAUCUUAAAACUUUGCUCUCUUCCCCCACCCUAUAGUCCCAGCACUUUAAAAUACAGCAGGGUAGUUAGGGCCCGCUUUCCCCCUCACUCCCCUGUAGAUCCCAUUUGAGGGCACAGACACUGCAUACUUAGUGCCUCUAAUAAAAAAGGCUCUAUGAGUGGCCCAGAAUAAUUGGCAAACCUCCCUUUCCCACCAGGCUGUUUUAAAUGUGCCCUUUGUUUCAGCACCUAUGUGCCAUAAUGCUGGUUUAUGCCUACAGUGGAGCAGGACCGAACGCGUGGAGUCUUUCUUUUUUUGUAUUGACGUCUUUUUUAACUGGACUGUAUAUAUAUGUAUACACACGCUGCAUGCACGGUGGUGGUUGUCAUGCAAGGACUUGUUAAAUGUUUGAUACCAAUGUUUUGCUACCAUGUGAAGGCUGCAGAAAUUGUCCUGAACCUGCAUCCUACCAGACUUUUGUAUCGCAGUAUUACCUACCUGUGUACUUUUGUCAGAUUUGUUAAUAUUUCUAAAUAGAAUCCACAAUAAAAAGGGAAAAAAAGGUCAUGUGUAAAGGCUCAGCUCUCCAGUCUCACCCUCUCUGCACAGCGAUUACACAAACUCAGUCCCCUACGCCACGUCCUGCCCGCUCCAAUGUUUGGAUGACCAAAUGAACAGGGCACAGACUUUUGCCUCCUUUGAGGCUAUCAGACUGAUCGGUGUUUUCUUUCUGGUCACGGCAACAGCAGCCUACCGUUUGAACUAGAAAAUGUUUCCUUUGCCAGUUGCAGAGCUGAGAGCCAAAACCUGCCUGCUUGUCUACGGAUGAGUGCUUCCCUGGGGGUCAGCGGGGCAACCCAGGUGAGAAGAGGGCAGGCUCUGGCUCCUGGCUUGUAACAGGACAAGGAGGGGAUGUCCCAGGUGUAUCACUAAGGAAUGUUAUUCAGUUGCUUCCUUUGGGUUGUUUUCCAAGGCGCACUGGCCCCCGGUAGAGCGCUGAAGUUGGGCUUCUUUGUUAUGUUGCAAUUAGCAGCCGGUGCAAGGAAUGAGGUCACAGAGGCUUACGAACCCAUGUGGGAAAUGAAUGGCAGGAGCAGAUGAAUUAAGCAACCAAGAAGCUCCCACAGUGGCAGACAAUAAGGUGUGAAAUUCAAGCCAAGAGGUAGCAGUCAUUAGCAGAGGGCACUUAGAAUCGGGAGCGAGGAAUGUCUCCAGUUUAAUCUCAGCUCUCGCUGUGUGGCCCUGGGCAGAACCAUGCAACUCCUUGGCCUCCACCGGCCUCCCCAGCUGUAGAAAGGGGACAGUGAUCUACCUCACCAGGGUGCUGCAAACUCGGGAAAUUCAAAGCACUGCACAGGCAGGGCUCUGGCUAACAGAUGGGAAGAGCCCUGGGUGCUUGGAGCUCCUGCAAGGCCUUAGUCAUUUCCAGGGGUUUCUAUAGCACCAGUACCAGGCGCACGGUGCGAGGCAAGAGUGCUCUGCCGGUGGUGUUGCAGGGUGGCUUUAUUUCUAGCAUGCUAAAAGGCAGACAAGGUUCUUUGGGUAAAUGCGGUCUCUUUCGUUAGACCAACGAAAUAGUUGGGAAACUUGUUUCUUUGCAAGCUUUUGGGCACAAACACCCUUCUUCAGGCAUAGGGAGAACACCCCUGUGACAUGCUGAAACACCCUUUCCAGUCCUUCUGGUGACUGAGCGCUAGGCUUGCCAGGAUACUCAGAGGAGCAGUGACACCUUUACUAAUUCCCUGGUCAGCUCAAGGCUACACAAUGACCAAGGACUCAUUUCUGCGCAGUUGUUUGGGGAGUGAGCGCUGAGAUUAAAGCCACCUUUAAUGGAAUGGGAAGAUUGAACGUGGCAGUUCCAAGGGGUUGAGAUCAGAACAAGCUGAGCAGCUCGACCCACCCCAGGAGUGACCAUCCUGCUUUCAGAGGUGCCACUUAGAGAGGGGAGUGCAAGCACUCACUCUUCUUUUUUUAGCAACAGGAAGCAGUUGCUCUGCAUGUGAGACCUGCUGAAUAUCCCCUGGCGUUCUCUAAAGAGAGCCUCUCUCCUCAGCGACUCCUUCCAUGGUAAUGAGCAUAACCCAGCAUGCAUCUUCCCAGCUGCUUACAGAGGCCCAACAGUAAGCCGGCAGCGGC